AUGAUUGUCAUUGAAGAGCUUUCUGGUGUGUGCUUAGGAAUUGCAUCUUCUCGUGAAGAACCUAGCAAAGCCGGAUUGGAGAAUGGAGGAAAAUCUGAUAGGUGUGGUUCAAGUGGUUGUUCAAAAAUUGUGGGACUUGUUUGUGAUUUUUUUGCGUGGGAAGAUUGCCGAAAAGGUGAAGAUCUUUUUGCUCAACAAACUGGAGAAGAAGAUGCUUUGUUCUGCACAUUGUGCAAUGCUGAGGUUCGUAAGUUCAGCGAACAUUGCAAAAGCUGUGACAAAUGUGUUGAUGGGUUUGAUCAUCACUGCAAGCUUGUUUUUGAAUUUGGAGUGGGCAUUGUUGUUCUUGUUCGAUGCUUCACUGAUAGGAAGGCAAUAGAAAAUCAGAUAACUGACAGGCUUGGAGAAGGAUUAUCACGACCCCCAUUUGCUACUGUUGUGUCCCUAUGUACAGCUGUUUCUUUUCUGGCCACUGUGCCUUUGGGAGAACUGUUCUUUUUCCACAUAAUUCUAAUUCGAAAGGUUCGUAAGUUCAGCGAACAUUGCAAAAGCUGUGACAAAUGUGUUGAUGGGUUUGAUCAUCACUGCAAGCUUGUUUUUGAAUUUGGAGUGGGCAUUGUUGUUCUUGUUCGAUGCUUCACUGAUAGGAAGGCAAUAGAAAAUCAGAUAACUGACAGGCUUGGAGAAGGAUUAUCACGACCCCCAUUUGCUACUGUUGUGUCCCUAUGUACAGCUGUUUCUUUUCUGGCCACUGUGCCUUUGGGAGAACUGUUCUUUUUCCACAUAAUUCUAAUUCGAAAGGGUAUCACAACCUAUGAGUACGUUGUCACAAUGAGGACCCAAAGUGAAGUUCCUGAGCCCUCUGUGGACGGAGGAGAUCUGCAGAGUUUGCCAUCCUCACCAACAAGUUCUGUCGUGACUGCCAUGAGCGGAAGAAGCUCUCUUGGAAUGAGCUUGCAAUAUAAAGAGCGAGAUCGCUUGCCAUCCACAGUUGAUCCAGAUUCAAUGCCUCCUCUUGAUAAGGGGAAAAGGUUAGCCCAGCGUCGAGUCCUGAUAAGUGCAUGGAAGCUUGCCAAAUUGGACUCUAAUGAGGCAAUCAAGGCAGGGGCCAAGGCUAGAGCUUCAUCAUCUGUUUUACGUCCAGUAAGUUCCAGACAUCAUCCGUAUGACUCCGAUCAUUUAUCCAAUAGCAAUGUGAGUGGCAGAAGCAGUCCAACCAGUACCAAUCAUGGAUUUCAUGAAAGAAAUACUAGAGCAGGAACAUCAAGGUUAUCUUCUUCAAAGAGUUCAUAUCCUCCCAGUCGUGCUAGCAGGGAAGAUAUUAAAAUGUGUGGCCACAACAUUAGUAACCUAAACAACCCUCAUCCCCUUAACCUCACACCACCUCCAUUACAGCAGCGGGCUUCAAAUAGAGAUCAUUUCAAUCCGAUAUACAUGUCAUCAGUAGAUCGAUCUCCUUUGUCAGCAAAGGCAAAUGAUGCAAAUGGAACAGCAGUUAGUGAUGUAGAAAGGGUACCAAUGAGUAGAAACUUGGGUGCUGCAGAAAAUUCAAGGUCGUCGUCAGUAUUUUGGGAUCAAGAAGCUGGGCGCUUUGUCUCUGCAGCCACCAGAAGUGUUAGUUCUUCCUCUCAGGUAUCCGGAAGAGAGCCGCUUACAUAUGCAGGUCAAUCUAUUUUCUAUGGUGGUUCCCCUGUGGAUGAACAGUUGAGCAGAGGGACAAGAACUGGCAACUCACUGCCUUCCGAUNAACCACUAGAAGUGUUAGUUCUUCCUCUUAGGAAUCCGGAAGAGAGCCGCUUACAUGGGCAGGUCAAUCUAUUUUCUAUGGUGUGGAUGAACAGUUGA